CUUCCAAUAUGGUGACAAGACCUACAAUUCCAAAAGACAUGCUGAAAUUUUAUUUAGUUUUUUCUUUAGUGGUACACUCAUCGCUUGAAGACCUUGUCCCUGAGAUUCCAUUGGCAGGAUUCAGCUGUGAUCAUCAUCCAGCUUCUCGGGAUGAGGUUGUUCUUGAUGUGAAUCUGGAUACGGAGUCACACCAUGUCGUACGGAAGCGGAGUCCCGACCAGCCGCUGAGGAUCCACCUUCACUAUGACAACAGUAUCAGUUUCCUGCCAGCCUCCCACCGCUCACUCGUUGAGACAUUGGUAAGGGAAGCGGUGGACUACUGGGAGCGGACUUUGUCUGUACGACGCACCGUUGGGUCUAUCAGGCUCAACAGACAGUGUCAGUCAGAUGAGGUACGAUACAGGGACGUGGACGGAGGGCGAUUUUGUGUGGAUGGUUGUGCUGCCCUCACCAAGUGUGGUGACAUCUUUAUACCCCUGGAGCACCUUGAGAGAUGUUACCUGUGGGACAGUAGGGUUAACAUCUGGAGAAGCACGUCGGAUGCUGGUCCAGGAGUCAACAACACUGACUUCAUUCUCUAUGUCGCUGCUCUCUCUACACCACGAUGUCGCAAGGCACGCACCAUAGCCUACGCCGCACACUGUCAGCAGGAGGCAGCUCUUGAUAGACCAGUAGCUGGCUACUUCAGUAUAUGUCCAGAAUCAAUUUCCAUUGAAAAACAAGAUCAUCUUCAACUUCUCUCAACACUGAAACAUGAAAUUCUCCACGCAUUGGGUUUCACAGCUGGUUUAUACGCCUUUUACUACGACAGAAAUGGUAACCCAUUGACCACUCGAAAUCCCAUAUCUGGCAAGCCUUGGUACAACUCACAACUGAGUUUGUACCAGUGGAGUGAUAAAGUAGUGAAAACAUUAAAACGACCAAACUGGAAAAAUCGCAGCGGCUUCACAUCAAAGUCCAUCAACAUGAUUGUCACUCCUCGCGUGGUGGAUGAGGUACGGCGUCAUUUUAAUUGUUCCACCCUGGAGGGAGCUGAGCUGGAAGACCAAGGGAUUGUUGGUACAGCUCUCACUCACUGGGAAAAACGAAUCUUUGAGAAUGAGGCUAUGACAGGGACAUACACCCAGAAUCCUGUGAUUUCUCGUGUGACGUUGGCUUUGAUGGAGGACACUGGGUGGUACAGUGUGGAUUACAACAAUGCAGAGGAGCUGGAGUGGGGUAAAAACCUGGGCUGUGACUUUGUCAAGAGGAGUUGUCUGGACUGGAUUGUCCGCAAUAGAGCCAAACGUGGUGACAUCCACCCAUUUUGUGACGAGGUACGGCGAGGGGUACUGAGGACAGACUGUACCAGAAACAGGGACUCUGUGGCUUUCUGUAACCUGGUGGAAUAUAACACCAGUCUUCCACAGCAGUACCAGUACUUCAAUGCUCUGGAUGGUAUACCAGCCUAUGCUGUAGGGAAUUAUGGAGGUUCUGUGGCACUGGCUGACUACUGUCCUUACCUACAGGAGUUUGCAUGGCGGAGUGGUGAGGUGACAGUGAGAGAUUCCAGGUGUUCGCUGGAGGAAAACAAUCCAGAUCCAACCAUCAGCUUCUUUGGGGAGAAGUAUGGCUAUGAAAGCAAAUGUUUCAACCAUGAUAGACUCUGGAAACUGCAACAGUGCUCCAGCCUGCUGAGUCUUCCACACUGGGGCAGUGGCUGCUACCAGUUCCAAUGCAGUAGACAAGCUGGACUGGUACUGAACAUUGGUGGUCAGUCUCACCGAUGUGUCAAGGAAGGUCAGAGGGUAGCGGUCACCUACACUUCAAACCAUUACCUACAUACAGGGUCGGUCAUCUGUCCCUCCUGUACAGAAAUGUGUCAGAAGUCGGGUAUCACCUGUCCGCCAGAGGAGCAGCCCUACAAUGUGAUCAGUUCUAACAGUCAUUUGGCUGUCCCCUGCAGCGCCAAGGCCCCCUUCCAUAGUCCAUCCCCCGAGAUCGCAGUAACGUCGAUCAUCGCCAAUCUCCUCUGUUUUAUCCUCAUUAGCUUCUGUCAAAGAUAACAUAAAUUGACCACUAGGCAUUUAUCAAAUUUUCAUCAAUUUCUAUAAAACUUUUUCCAGUGUAUUACCAUGUAUAACACCCACAAUAUUUUAUAAUACUAUAUUUUAUUGGGAAGUUUCUAUUUGCUUGUUUAUACUAAUCCCAAUUGUUAAGGUAAAUUAUAUUUGAGCCUGAGUAUCUAGUCACCAGUAUAAAAAUCUCCUGAAUUUUAUAUACAGUUCAUUUUAAAAGGUAUUUAUGCCUUUUUACCUGUUUCUCAGAAAAGUUUUUUUUUUUUAUAAAUGUCAUAUUUUGUAGGAAUUUUUGAUAACUGUAUGUUAUUGAAACUUAUUAUAAAGAACAUGAACUAUUCAUUACUUUUAAAAAGUGUUUUGAGUAUGAUUAAUGCUUCUCUGCAUUAUAAUAUAAUAACUUCUGUAUCAAAAUAGGUAGAAAUAUUUUUCGUAUUUUUUUUAUUCAUUCCCAUGAAACAAAGUUGAAAUAUAAUGAUUCCUCCUAUUGCUAGGGUAUAUGGUAUAGGAUAGUAUUGGAUAAGGUGUAUCCAUCAAUGCAGAUCCAUCGUGAUAGGAAAUACAGAAAGUAGAUGUCAACAUUUUAUUAUAAAUGAACGCAAAUUUAGCAGUUUGGCUGAGGGCAAUUGUGCAAGAAUGUUUGUGUCUGCUUGUGGUUCUACAUGUGUGUUUUACUUAGUUGUAUGUUAUAUUGAUUACUGCUUAAGGUUCGAUCAUUAUUGAGAUGUAUUAGAAAAGUUUUUGUGUAUUGAAAAAUAUACCUAGUUUAUACGGUAUGAUUUACAAGUAAUGUAUUAUUCAAAGUCACAGAUCCGCCAUGAAAUGGCUUCUCAUCAAGUCGCUGUACAAAUGUUUAUCAUUUUCCCAUUUAUAGUAUCACAAAAUAUUUGUUGAAAAUUUAUUGAAUUCUACAAGGAGGCUUUUCAAUACCCACCACUUAAACUCUUAUGCUAUGUUCUUCGUACUUAGGUUUAUUUUUUGCCAUCAUUAUAUACAUUUAAAGUAAAGGAUUUGACUAGACAAGCAUGAUUAAGUGUUUCUGACUUUUGUUAGGCAAGUCCAGUGUUUAACUCUGCAACAAGGGACAAUAUAUUUAUGAAGGAGUUUCAAGAUGACUUUUAACAAUAACGGUGUGUUACAGUGUAUUAUAAAUAGAAAACAAAGAGUGUGUAAUUCUGAAGUGCUACACUGAAACUCUCUAAGAAGCACCAAAUUCUAUUUUAUUUUAUUUAUUGGUUGAUUUGCUUGUUUACACUGUAACAAUGACAUAAAUAUAAUUAUAUGUAAAAAUAGAAUAACAGAUAUAUGGCUAAAGUGAAGAAUGUAUGAAAUCGUCUUACCCACCUAUUUACCCUUAAUACAAGGUAAGAAAUCGUCUUACCCACCUAUUUACCCUUAAUACAAGGUACAUGGUAUAUAUAACAGUUUUUAAAGUGAAAUAACAUCUACUACAAAUAGUUCUAACUAAAGAGAAUGUCUCCAAACAUUUUGAAGAUUUCAACCGAGCAGUAAAAUACAGUGUCAACGAAUUUUCAUUCACAUCAUGCACUUAAGAAAUAUUUAAAUGAUGAGUUUUUAAUUAAUAUUGUGAUUUGUGAAAUGUAGCAUCUCAUUUUAACCAUGUUUAGAUACCUCCUGGCUGUUUUCAUCAUUCCGCUUUUUACCUUAUUUAGUUUCAUUGUUAGAUUUUUUAGAGAUAUAUUUUCCUUUUGCUUAUAUUCCAUUUUAUUUGUAACAUCAAUGGAAAGAUAGCAUACAUAUUUUUACCGUAGUUGACUACACAAUUUACACGUUUGUAUAACUGUUUAUAUUGAUGGUGCGAAAGAAAUAUGUGGGAUGUGAAAGGUGAAAUCUUGAGUGAAUAUUAAGUUUGAAUUCAGUUUUGUUAAAACUAUUUUAAUAAGUUUAUUUUUAAACCUUUUACUGAAACUUUAACCAUGGUGACAACUGUAUUACAGUGAUAUAGGUAUAAACUGUUAUAUCUUACCGUCAUACUGUAAAAUAAUUAGCAGAAGCAUCAAAGUAGCGAAUCAAUGGGUUUAAAACACAUAACUGUUUACUCUACAAAUCAUUCUUGCAAUUAAAACCUUGUGAAAUAUUAUAUCUGUGAAAUAAGCAAUUUUCCUGUGGUGCUUUGCACUAUUAACCCUUUCACCACUGUAGACCAUAAUGGACUCUUCCAGAUCAAUGCAUGGUAGAGUCUACUAAAGUUACAUAGGGAUGAAAGGGUUACAAGUAUAUUUACGAUAGUGUGUUUCACAAAAGGUUUAAGUAUAUUUAAGUAUAUUACAACUUACUCCUUUUAUCUAGUUGUUUACCUAUUUCUUCCCUAUAAUAAAUGUAUAUAUAGAAUCCUACUAUAAACGUUCUUUUUGUCGUAAGUAAAUCUUGUGAUAAACUCACUAGUAUCUUUAAAUAUUGAUGUUAAAUGGGUUACAACUGAUUAAUUUAUCAUUCCAUCUUUAUUCAAGAAUUAAAACAUUUCUUAUAUAAUACAAAAUUUGGAAAAAAAAAUGUUGCAUAAAGAUGGAAGAUAUAUUGUAAACUCUCAUAUUGACAAUAACAAAUCUGAAUAUUCUACUAAAGUAUUCACUUCUUGUUGAAGAGACUGUUAAGAUGAGUUAUUAGCCUUCCCUGACUACCAAUUUUAUUUUAUACAUUGUUGUACAUGUCUGUUUUGUAUGAAUGUCAGUUUACACCAUUAAAAUAUUA